AUGGACACCCAAACCCUUGACCUUCUCAAGAUAAGAGAUGAUGUCACAUGGUACAUAAGGAAGCUAGGCUUGAGCAAGCUCUUCAAGCUAGAAUGUAGUGAGUACUCACAACUCACCAAGGAGUUCCUCUCCACAGUAGCUCUUGCCUUUCCCAACCACAAUGGAGACCAACCAGCUGGUGAUGGACUCCUACUCUUCAAGAUAGGCGAUGCCAAUGGGCGCAUCUCCAUCUCAGCUCUAUGCCAACUCUUUGGACUUCCCAAUGAGACAGCACAUGACUUCAAGGAGAACUCAAAGAGGAAACAAGCUGCCUUUGCUGAUUGGACACACUUUGCCAAUGAACCAUUCUUGCCUUCAAGGUCAAAGGUGUCUAGAAUCACUCAUCCAGCCAUUCGCUAUGUGCACCGCCUCAUCUCCACCACUUUCCAAUGCAAACAAGAAGCCAACAAGGUCACAACUGAUGAGUUCUACAUCCUCACCACACCAUUCAUCAAGCAUGAGUACAAGGCCAACCUUGGUCUUUUACUUGCCAAGACAUUCAUCAAUGUGAGGAAGCUAGCUCAAGACUUGGAAGGCAACAAGAAGCUUUGUGUUCGUUUUGGGAGGCUUAUCACGGCCAUAGUACAACAUGUGGGGAUUGACAUUCCCAACUAUGAGCCACUACCCAAGCCAACCCCUUUGGAUCUCCAUGCUCUUCAGCACAUCCACUUCCUAAACCGUUGGACUAAAGACCCAACUCGGUUUUGCUAUGAGUUUCCAAUUGGUCCAGCCAACACUUCCCUUGUCUUGCUGCCACAUGAAGACAUCCCAAGCCUACGCUCAGGUGUUGUCACUUUCCAGCCCAAUGAGGAAGAUUCUAUGUUCCAUCAAGUGAGAAACCAUCAUUCCCCAUGCUCACCUAUCGCACACUUCAGCAUGCAGUCAAGACUCAACGCCGCCACCAAGAACGCCAUGUUCUCACUACUGGCAUGGCCGCGCACCAAGCUCUAG